AUGCUCUGGGCUCCUGCGCGCGCGGAAGGUGCGCGGCCAGCUGGGGGCCGCCUGGCGAGCAGCUGCGGAGCCUGUCUGGUCGCUGCUGCGGCAGCCGGAAUGCGCUCCGCUGAGCGCUGACUUGGGCGUCCGGGGAGGAGAGCCUCCUUGUCGGCCAUCCGAAUGUCGGAGCACAGCAACGACGAGGGGGAGGACGAUGCCGACCACCAGCACAGCGUUUCCAUGUUGUUCCUGCUGGUCCUGGUCUUCUUCGUCAUGGGACUCGUGGGAUUCCUCAUUUGCCACGUCCUGAAGAAGAAGGGCUACCGCUGCCGGACAUUCCGGGAUGAGCUCGACUCUGAUAACAAGGAGUCACUGACCCAGCUGCAAAAUGAUGAAGAUGAGGAGCUGAAUGAGGACACUGUAGAGAAGAUAGUGAAGUGCAUCAUUCAGAAUGAAGCAAAUGUGGAAGUCCUGAAGGAAAUGCUGGGAGAGGGUGACGUUGAUCUCCCACUGCCGGUCCCUGUGCCCAGCAGCCUCUGCCCACAUCGCAGCAGCCAAGAUGCUGGCCUGCCCCAUCACCACACGGUGCACUUGGGUUCAACGCAAGCACCUUGCAUCCACUGCAGUAGGAAAAAGAGGCACCCGCUGCAUCGACAAGGCCGGUCCAAGGAGGGGAAGGCCAAGAUGCACCCUGGGGAGACAACGGUCUUCUCUGUGGGCAGAUUUCAUGUCACCCAUAUUGGGAAGAAACAGGAAGAGUCUCUCCCUGGUAGCAAACAGGACCUUGGAUCUGCUGAUGCAAACCAGGAAGCCGAAAGCAACGAGAAACUCCCAUGGGAGGGGUCCCAGAAUGGAAUAGUUCACACAGGCGAAUUUCAGCAAGGAAGACUCCAGCAGGCAGAUCCUGAAAGUGAAAAGGGGCCGAAGGAAGAAUGGGUAGAUGAGUCCACUCAAGGAGAAGGCCCCUUGAACACAACGGCCAAUUCAGAUGUCUCCAUGAACGGACCAGAGAGGAAAGAGAACCCUAAGCCCUGCUCAUUGCAAGAGGCCAGCUUCCUAGGGACUGCAACAAGCAAUACGUCCGAGACAAACUGCUCUACUGGACCCAAGUGCCUUGGGUCAGAGGAUCUGGAGAGGCUGGAUAAGGACGUGGCUGCCUCUGAGGAUGAGGGUGUUCAAAGGGCAGCUAAUGAUGUUUCAGAAAAAGUAGCAUCCAGACUAGAUAUAUCAGGAAACGAGAUCAAUAGAACAAACAGCACAGAACUCCAGGAGCAGAAGCUGGUGGUGCAGGAUCCAGGAGUAUCUAUGUGACAUCCUGCCUGCUCCACGUUCAGGGUUGCAAAGCAGAGAGAGGCACACAGAGCCAACGCCAGGUUUGCAAGAACUAGGCGGCCAGAACGAGUCAGGCCUGGGCCAGAAGAGAGACACCGCGCUUGGCAAGGAUGUGCCACUUCCACUAGUAGAACUAUGACACUUGGCAAGAGCCUCAUCCCCAUUGCAACAGCUACUCACGCAGCAGCAGCAGCGGAAGAGCGCAGGAACGGGACCGUGUUGUGGCAUUAUCCACCUUGCUGAAACCUCAUUCUGUUGAAAGCUUUGCUAAGGCCCCUGUGUGCAACUUGUGGGGUGGGAUGGCGGGAUCCACCGGUAUGCCUGAGCUGGUAAGAAUCCCAUUCUUCUCCAUGCCGGGUCUCAACUUGCGGUGCUUUGAAGAAUCCCAGAUUUGUAUCUCAGGAUCCUUCUCACAUCCCGCUCCAGGCGCUGCCAUUUCAGCAAUAGCACAUUUUCCUGCAUGCCAGUCAGGUCUGAGUGAACUAUUAGUGUUUAAAAAAUAAAGUACAGCUACUGCUUACAGCAGGAAGAGAACUCGGCCAAUGUGGGUGGAGUGAGUUUUGAACUAAGGGGAGAAGGCCCUUGGUAUUGCCUGCUCUGCUCAUAGCUGUGACUCAGCUUAGCCGGCUUAAAGUCUGAGUGUCCACUCCCAUCCUGACCAGGGAAUACAGUGGCCCUGGGGGCUGCAUUUAGGCAGGUAGCUGGACCCAGGGUAACCUCCCUGGUUUCCAGCGUUCACACAAGACAAUCAGAUGAGCUAGAAUUACAACUCAGGAGCAGCAGUUACACAAGAGGAAGUGUGGAUUCUGCCUCAGACUGCAAUAUUUACAGACAGGCACUCCCCUAAGUGAUAUAUCCUUGCAAAGAUCCUGCUCUAGUGUCUACUAACCACAUCAUCCUCUUUGAAGCAACCAAAUAGCGCCUAACUCUGAGCCCCUUUGCUGUGGGGCUCAAUGUGGUAUGUGUGGGGACAUGCAUGGGGUGGGGUGGGGGGCUGCUUUGCUCAGCACAGAUCCUGGAGACUCUUGUGGCUCCGGAUAGGCUUUCCUCCUCGCUAGGAGACCACAAGCUGGCUUGGGAGAUGAGCCAACUAAACACUCCCCCCGACCCUGUGAUUUCUAGUCUUCUGUGUUCUAGUUAAGCCAUGACCGAAGGCCACCUCUGCCUUCUCCCUACAUCUUUCCAUGUUUAAGUACAGUGUAAACAAAAGCUAACCCUAUUAAAGAUGCUGAAGACGUGCA